AUGGACCUCUGCAGCGCCUUCUCCUUCGCGCCCUCCUCCCCGGCCGCGAGCGCCGCCGCCCUCGCAACCUUCAACGCCUGCGUCGCGCGCCACAGGCAGCACCCCGUCGACGAGGCGCCCUGGCAGCCCGCGGCCGGGACGACGUGGCAGAUCCUCCUCGACGCGCCCCUGGCCAUCGACCUCCAGGCCCCGGCCGUGACGCCCGACGUCGAGGUCUACGACGUCGACCUGUUCGAGAACCCGGCGUCCACGUUCGCGGCGCUGCGGGCGCUCGGCAAGAGGGUCGUCUGCUACUUUAGCGCCGGGUCGUACGAGGACGGCAGACCCGAUUCGGGGGACUUCGAUACGGGCGCGGGGGGCGAUCUCGGGCGCGAGCUCGAGGGGUGGCCGGGCGAGUACUGGCUCGACACGAACAGCGAGACGGUCAGGGGAGUCAUGAGGCGGCGGAUCGAGCUGGCGAGGGAGAAGGGGUGUGAUGGGGUUGACCCGGAUAAUGUGGAUGGGUUUACAAACCGUAACGGGCUCGGCCUGACGGCAGCCGACUCGAUUGACUACAUCACCUUUCUCGCGUUCGAAGCACGUAGGCACGGACUGGCCAUGGGGCUCAAGAAUGGCGGCAGCAUCCUCAAAAAUGUGCUCCCCGUCAUUGACUUUUCCGUCAACGAGGAGUGCGCCGCGUACGGCGAGUGUGACCUGUACAAGGCCGUCACGGACGCCGGCAAGCCCGUGUUUCACAUCGAGUACCCGGACAUGACGAAAAACGGGGUGCAAGACAAGGAUGCGCGGCGACGGGCCUGCAAGGCGAAGGGCGCGGGCCGGUUCAGCACCGUCAUGAAAGGGUUGGAUCUGAAUGGGUGGGUUCAGUAUUGCGAUGGGAAUGAAUACAAGACCGAAGAGGACAAGGUUAAGACGUGA